AUAUAGAUUUUAGCCAUUUUGGAGAAUGCUCAAUGUACUGUUCUGUCACAGAACCACCUCUUUACACCGUUAGGUUCGAAGAAAGGUUCAAACACCUCAUAAAAGAGAAUGUGGAACUCAUUGAUGUGGAUAGUUCACGCAGUAAUUCUUAUGAUGGUCAGUACUGGUCAGACAGAAGACGACACUGGAAACGAAUUGUCCGAACACUUAAAUGAUUACGUCAUAGCUGUGAAUGAUGUCAACUUGGCAGCGGAAAAUGCAUUGGAAAAUAUGCCCCGUAUCAGUCAGAUGUACGAUGUCGAAAAUUCGCCACAGUUAUCAAUAGUUGAAAAGGCUGUAAAGUCAUCUCUACUCAACAAGCUCGUGCAACAGUUACUUGAAAUUUGGGUGCAGAUUCAGGUUCUGAAGCUAGGAGGUUAUCCAGUCCUGCAAUCUCUCCUCGAAAAAGCCAAAGAAUUGUUCCAAAAGAUCAAAGAACUCGGAGGAGAAAACAUUGUUACUAGUAAAGAUUUUCUAGACAAGUUAUGGGACAAGGUGCGCGAGAUCCUUGACCUAUCACGCAAAGUCAUGUGUGAUCGAAACGGGAAGUUUACUGGAUCUUUUGCUUGGGAACAUUAUCAAAAUAUUACUAAAGGUUUAGAUAUACUCGUGAUCAAAGAAAAGCUUUUAAAAAAACUGGAUGAACUGGAUUUACAAUCUGUAACCUUUGUACGCUCAAAUACUACUGAGCACCACACAAAUGGAGAUUACAUUUCUCGCUGGGCGUAUUUUGUAGUGAAACAACUAAUAAAAAGUAUAACAAAUCCAAUGGGAAAACUCCAAACGAUAGUGCUAAAGUAUGUAUUCAGAGUGAUUAACGACAUACAAAUCAUGGUUAACGAGCUGUUACGUUACCUCCUGGAAAUUUUCUGGUUUCUUGAACAGUUUGGAUUCGUUAUUGAGCUGAAUGAUUCAGUAAGCCGAAACAACAAGGUUAUCUAUAUAUGUGAAUGAAACAAUUGACUUUCCUGCUAACUCCCCGUGGAUGUUUACAAUAUUAAUGUCAAGCUACAUUCAAGUAUAUAAAAGAUGGCCCUUUACAUAUGACCCUAUUGAUUAAAGAUUAUACUUUAUAUGGUAUCAAACAAGAAAUAGCAACACUUUUGACAUUGAAACAGUUUUACAAACCAAGUAGUAACAUAAAUCUUCUUCAAUUUUCAGAUUUUUUUUUGCAGUAAAUUUAUGCAUAAAAUUAAUAAUUACUCACCUUUUUUUUUAUUUCAAUCUGUUUUCGACGUAAUUUCCAUCAUAGUUUUAAACACCGUAAGAAAACCAAUUCCAUGGAAUAAUAUAUAAUUUUCUUAUAAUCUACAGUCCUCAGAUCACUCCUAAACGGAGAAUAAUGCACACCAGGAAGUAAUGUUAUUUAAAAACAUUCAACGUUUUAAUUCUUGGGAAUAAAUUAUUGCAAAUCAUUUUU